CGAGAGGGCGUCAUUUCCUUGUACUCACUAGUCCCCUGUUUUUCCCCACCUAUAUAAUAUCGCACAUACAAGCUCAUUCCAAAUAAACCAAUUUCACUCUAGCUAGAAAGGGUUUAACCAACACUAAAUCUUCACAAGAUGGCUAGCUUUCUUAAGCAUUCUCUCACGGUUUCCAAUCACCUAGAACAAAGAUUGUUGGCUUUUAAGCCUCAUUUCUCGCCUUUGCCUUCAAAACUCGCUUUAGACAAGCCAGCGAGAUGCAAUUAUUUGACGCAAAAACCUCUUUACAUCUCGUCGCAAGGUUCAUUGGGCCGCUUCGAUGAUUCGGAGGACUCAAGAGCUCGGUUGAUUAAAUGCGAUGCCUACGAAGCUCAUCGAAGCCAGCCCAUGGAAAUUAACAUUGAUAUUGAUGAACAGACUCGACAAGCUGCGGCUCAAAAGCUGAAAAUUGGUGUAUAUUUUGCGACUUGGUGGUCAUUGAAUGUGAUCUUUAACAUAUACAACAAGAAAGUUCUCAAUGCCUUCCCUUUCCCUUGGCUAACUUCGACUCUUUCGUUAGCUGCUGGGUCUCUGAUUAUGUUGGUUUCCUGGGCUUCAAGGAUUGCUGAAGCACCAAAGACUGAUAUGGAUUUCUGGAAAGCUCUGUUUCCUGUUGCACUAGCACAUACAAUUGGACAUGUAGCUGCAACCGUGAGCAUGUCAAAGGUUGCGGUUUCAUUCACUCACAUCAUCAAGAGCAGCGAGCCUGCUUUUAGCGUUCUGGUCUCGACGUUCCUAUUAGGCGAAUCUUUCCCAAUGCCGGUUUACUUGUCACUCCUUCCGAUUAUCGGAGGCUGUGCUCUGGCCGCAGUCACUGAGCUCAACUUUAACCUUGUUGGCUUGAUGGGGGCUAUGAUAUCGAAUUUGGCAUUUGUGUUUCGGAACAUAUUUUCGAAGAGAGGGAUGAGCAAGGGCAAGUCUGUUGGCGGAAUGAACUACUACGCUUGCCUUUCGAUAAUGUCUCUUCUGAUCCUCACACCCUUUGCAAUAGCUGUGGAAGGUCCCCAAGUAUGGGCAGUUGGCUGGAAAAAUGCUGUUGCUCAAAUUGGACCACAUUUCGUUUGGUGGGUGGUGGCUCAGAGUGUGUUCUAUCACCUAUACAAUCAAGUAUCAUACAUGUCGUUGAACGAGAUCUCGCCAUUGACAUUUAGUGUCGGGAAUACGAUGAAGAGGGUCUCUGUAAUUGUGUCCUCCAUCAUCAUCUUUCACACUCAGGUUCAACCUGUUAAUGCCGUCGGAGCUGCUAUUGCAAUCCUGGGAACUUUUCUCUAUUCACAGGCAAAAAUGUAAUCAACAGUGUGGCGAAACCAGACCCAGAAGCAUUGCUUGAUGAUUAGCUAGCUUGAAAGAGGAUUAGGAUUAUCAGUAUUUGGAGCUUAAUUGCCUUGUCACUGCUGAGAAUUUUGUAUGUAAUAAAAGAUUGUAAAUAUACGAAUUUAAUAAAAGAAUUUUUAUUUCUUUUUUUU